UCUCAGAACUUCUGGAUGAGUUUUCCCAGAACGUCUUGGGUCAGCUCCUGAAUGACCCUUUCCUCUCAGAGAAGAGUGUGUCCAUGGAGGUGGAGCCAUCUCCAACAUCACCAGCGCCUCUCAUCCAGGCUGAACACAGCUACUCCCUGAGCGAGGAGCCCCGGGCUCAGUCACCAUUCACCCAUGUGGCUACCAGCGAUGGCUUCAAUGACGAGGAAGUCGAGAGUGAGAAGUGGUACCUGUCUCCAGACUUUCCUUCGGCCACCGUCAAGACAGAGCCCAUCACAGAGGAGCAGCCCCCAGGGCUUGUUCCCUCUGUCACUCUGACCAUCACAGCCAUUUCUACUCCUUUUGAAAAAGAAGAGUCCCCUCUGGAUAUGAAUGCUGGGGUCUUUGGUCUCCAACAAAGCAUUUAUCCUAGGAUCUCUUGUUAUUCUUCUGGGAUGGAUGGAAUGCAUAUGUUCUCUUCAUCCUCAGCCUCCGUGGAUCAGCUGCACUUACCACCAACACCACCUAGUAGCCACAGCAGUGACUCCGAGGGGAGCCUGAGCCCUAACCCCCGCCUGCAUCCCUUCAGCCUGUCUCAGGCCCACAGCCCUGCCAGAGCCAUGCCCCGGGGCCCCUCUGCGUUGUCCACAUCUCCUCUCCUCACAGCUCCACAUAAGCUACAGGGAUCUGGUCCACUGGUCCUGACGGAGGAAGAGAAGAGGACCUUGAUUGCUGAGGGCUAUCCUAUUCCUACCAAACUGCCCCUGACAAAAUCUGAGGAGAAGGCCCUGAAGAAAAUCCGGAGAAAAAUCAAGAAUAAGAUUUCUGCCCAAGAAAGCAGGAGAAAGAAGAAAGAAUAUAUGGACAGCCUGGAGAAAAAAGUGGAGUCAUGUUCAACUGAGAACUUGGAACUUCGGAAGAAGGUGGAGGUGCUAGAGAACACCAAUAGGACUCUGCUUCAGCAACUUCAGAAGCUUCAGGCUCUGGUGAUGGGCAAGGUGUCCCGAUCCUGCAAGUUAGCUGGCACCCAGACUGGCACCUGCCUCAUGGUCGUUGUGCUGUGCUUUGCUGUCGCGUUUGGCAGCUUCUUUCAAGGCUAUGGGCCCUAUCCUUCUGCCACCAAGAUGGCUCUGCCCAGCCAGCAUCGCCUGUCGGAGCCAUACACAGCUUCCGUGGUGAGAUCCAGGAACCUGCUAAUCUAUGAGGAGCAUUCUCCCCUGGAGGAGUCAUCCAGUCCAGCCUCAGCUGGAGAGCUUGGGGGCUGGGACAGAGGUUCCUCCCUGCUCAGGGCAUCGGGGCUGGAGGCCCUGCCGGAGGUGGACCUUCCUCACUUCAUUAUCUCCAAUGAGACCAGCUUGGAGAAGUCAGUGCUGUUGGAGCUUCAGCAGCACCUGGGCAGCAGCAAACUGGAAGGCAACGAAACGCUCAAAGUUGUAGAACUCGAGAGGAGAGUGAACGCCACCUUCUAAGGACCGUCUCCACCUUUCUCUUCUCCUAACUCCAGCUGUGCGUCCCCAAACUGCCUUGCCCAUAAGCUUCUCCUUCACCCCUGGGUCUUGAGGAGGAUGUGGACUUAUAGUGCUUGUGGCUUGAGAUGUGAGGCCAGCCUGGGGCCUUCCACUUAGAUGUCACCAUGGCUCCUGGGAGGGAGCUGGCACCUCUCCAUCCCUUUCUCUUACUGCCAUAGGAAAUUAUCUUAGGGGUGAGGUAGGGGUGGGACGAGCAGGCUUGUUUCCACUAGUAUAUGAAGAUAACGCAUGACUCUUCCCUGUAAAGAAUGACCCUUUCGAAGAAGAUACGACUCACACAUUCAGUUGAGACCCCAGACUAUAGCCACAAAUAUGCCACAAACACAAUGCCAGGGAGUGGCUAAAGCACUGACUCUUGACCUCCCUGGCUCACUAGGACUCCAGUGUGACCCUGCCCCCACUGAGAGUACCAAAGUGUCAUUCCAGUCUGUCCGUUCUGCACCCUGGAGCCCUUAUUGGAUGUCCGCACAGGCAGACAGGACUCCCACCACAUUUUCAGGCCGCAAGUGCAAUUCCUGAAGGCAUCAGGCUCUUCUCCAGCUCGCCCUGCCCACCGUGUUGCUUGUAGUGUACCCCCCACACCAUACACACAGCCUGCAUCUCUACGGGACAGUAGCUCUGUCUCCCUGGCCUCCCCACCCUAUUUGUAAAUAGUAUUUAUUAGCUUGCUCAAGCUCCCCACUGACCGUAGUAAAGAACUUUCAUGACCCCUUCCAACAAGCAAAGUCUUCUGUUGGUCUUUGGAAUAGGAGAGUCCCCAAGAUCUGGAACCCCCAGUCUUUCUAGUUGAUGCCUCGUCUCCCUUUCCUUUCUUUUUCAAAUUGGAGACCUAUAAAAUAAUCACUGCUGGGCGAUCCUCUUUAGCAUGUGCCCCCUGUGGGAUGAAUUCAUGGGGAAUGAUGGAGCCCCGUCUUCUUUUCUUGUUCAGGCUGCGGGCUCUAUGGCCACUUGCUAUCUCUCUCCAUUUCUGGGUCAGAGAAGGAAAGUCCUGCCCCUGACAGUAGGCACUGCUGACAACCUUGCUAGGUUGUCCUGCUUCCCCCCUGCCUGCCUCCCUCACUUCCCUCCUUCCAGUCUGCCCUCUCCCCACCUGCCUUCACUGGCGGGGGGAGGGGGGGCUGGAGUUGGUGACAUUUGUGCACCCACAGUCAUACCUUUUACAGCCAGGUUUGGCUACUUUGCAGCUCACCCAAAGAGAUACAAUGAACCCCCAAACUCCUUUCCUUUUUUAAUGAUUAAAAGUAAAAUUUGUAGUUAAAAAAUUCUUUUCUCUUUCAUACUAAUAAGAAAUGGAAAUUACUCUUUUAUUGUAUAAGAUAGAAGACUCGUUUUAAGUGUUUCUCCACCCCCAACCCCCCGCC